CUUUCGCUCCUAUUCUCUCUCUCUCUCUCUCUCUCUCUCUCUCUACCAAAACCAGCGAUUUCAAAGUUCCGAUGUCUCUCUUUGCAAUUCAACCCCAUUUCUCAACCUUCUUCUUGUUCUUGAGUUUCCAGAAUCUUCAUUGCUCCAUUGUUACAGCUUACAUCUUCCAAUUCACGCCUUUCUAUACCCUUCUUCAAUCUCUCCUUCUGUUUUCCUUCCGUUUGUUUCCCCAAAAAAAUUAAAGAUAAAUUAAAGGGACAAUGUCAAGCCGGAAAAGGGAAGAAGAGAGGAUUGAAAGGAUAAUUCGCAGUCUUUUGAAGCUUCCGGAGAAUCGGAGAUGUAUCAACUGUAACAAUUUGGGGCCUCAAUAUGUUUGCACAACUUUCUGGACCUUCGUUUGCACAAGCUGUAGUGGGGUACAUCGGGAAUUCACCCACCGAGUAAAAUCAGUGUCAAUGGCUAAAUUUAAGGCAGAAGAAGUUAGUGCUCUUCAAGCUGGGGGAAAUGAGAGAGCAAGGGAAAUUUACUUCAAAGAGUGGGAUCCACAGCGCCAUUCAUUUCCAAAUAGCAGUAGCCAGAGUAUACUUCGGGAUUUUAUCAGGUCUGUCUACGUGGAUAGAAAAUUUACUGGUGAGAGAAGUGUGGGCAGGCUUGCAAUGGUGAAAGGAGGUGACAGGGAGGACUCCUUUGAGCGGCGUUCUAUUGAAAGAUCUAGUCCUGGAGGAAGAAUUGAGGACAGAACUUUAAAAUAUUAUAUUGAUGAAAGAGGAAGUCCCCACUACAAACUAAACAAUGUCGGAUCUUUUAGCCGCAGGAAUCGUCCUGUUAACUUUGAGAUAGUUGAUGACAGGUUUCGAGAUGAUCGAUUUGGAAGUCGUAGGCGAUCUGAAAGCCAUAGGCCUUCCAAUGAAGAAUCCAGGGCUGAGAGCGGGUCACCAGUUUCUCAAAAAGGCAGGCAGAAGAUCAGUCCCCCAAUAGUGCACCCUGUCAGGGAUACUUCAGGCGAGAAUGGUCCCUCUCUUCAGAAAACAGCGUCUUUGACUGUUCCAGGCUCUGUUGAUGGGAAAUCACUGAAAUUUAAAAGAGUGACCUCAGGUAGUUUGAUUGAGUUUGUUUCUGAUUCUAUGCCUCCUCAUGCAGCAGCAACACAAAUCCAACAAACAUCUCUAUCAACCAAUGGUGGCAAUAGGGACUCUGUUCAAUCUUCCACAAAGGCAAAGGUGUCUGAUGAUACAAAUGUAAAUUCUUUGGAAUUUUUAUUGUUUGGAUUGUCAGUUCCUGCAGCUGCACCUGUAGAUAAAAUGUCUGCAGCAACAGGCAAUGCUGAUGCUCAAUCAGCCGUACCUGUAGAAUUAUCCAAUAAUGUUGGAGCUAUUGUAACUGUGUCAACAACCAAUGUACCAGCAGUCCUCAGCACUGGGGAUGCUCAUGCAGCUUCACCUGCAGGAAUAGCACCAAUAGUGCCUAAUAGUAGGAGUGAUUCCAUGGUCAAAGUUACAGACGGACAACAGUUGUCUAUUGUGCAGUCAAAUCAGCCAUAUUCAUCUCCUUCUGGUGAUUGUAACUCUGCUACUCAACACACUACAUCAGUUGGACCUUUAUAUAAUCAGUCAUGUACUUCAUCACUUGCACCAAAUGCUCAAAGUCCUUCAAGUGAUUCUGCCAAAGACUCGUCUCAAGCUAGCUCUAAAGUGGCCCAAAAUAAUAACUCUGGUGUUGGGUUGCAAGCUCUUCAGGUGGAAGCAAAGCCUAUUGAGAGGAAGGAACUUCCAGUGUUCCUCUUCACUUCAAGCUUUUCACCGUUUACUGCGCCAGUUCCUAGUUGGCAAACUAGUGCACCUCAUGGAAUGGGAUAUAGCAUGCAGUAUCAUCCUAAUGCAGUGCCAAUGCCAGCUUUUCCUAAUUCAGCAAAAUCAAGAAAUCCAUUUGAUCUCGAUGAUGAAAGCACUCAAGCUCAAGUCUCGAUGUUUCCUCCAAUGUUGCCUUGGCAUGACACGCACUCCUCCCAGUUGAUGCAGCCUCAAGCAUCACCUUAUGCAUCUACAGUGUCUCCGCAGUUGCCUUCUUAUGGAAUGUCUAUGUCUCCCAGUGCAUUUGUGGGGCAACAAUUGCCGAAUAGUAUGCCAUUUUCAGGACCUCAAGGAAUAAGUUGCGUUAGCGGUGGUGAAGCAGCUUUUGCCUCAUGGAACCCAAUUCAGCAGCCCAGUAGCAGAUUCCUGGCACCUACUACAUCAAAUCCUUUUUCAUCAACUGGGGGGAACCCAUUUGGAUAGUGGCUGGUAUACAUUAUUUUUAAUUCUAUUUUCAAAUCACCAUCCUCUUGCUUUGGCUCCCAAUAUCUUCAGAGAAGCAUGGUUACUUUUUGGUUGAGGAUGAAAUGCAAUGAUCCAUCUGAAUGACACAGUUUGUCUUUUAGAAAAUGCUAUCUUCUAUGAAUUUUUGCCCCGAAAAUUACUCUAAAAGUGAGGUGUAUGGUGUAGAUUUAAAGUUAGUGGGAUGUGGGCCACACCCGAAAUGAUUGUUGUCCAUAGAUGUACUUUUCUGGUAAUUUUUCUGGAUAUAUAGCAUUGUUGUUGUCAUUUAAUGAAAAGGAUUGUUAUCCUUGGAAAUGAGAAUGUGCAUAUCAUGUUGGGGAUUUAGGAGUCCAUUCAAGGUCUCGAUGUUAUUUGUAAAAAGUUUUUUGUUGUUGUAAUGUAUGGGAAAAAAACUCCCUGAUAGGUUAAAGAUGAUCAUCCAAUGAGAAGAUGAGGAUAAUGAGUUAUCUUCAUUAUUGGAUUUGGAAGAUCAUCUUCAACUUAGUAUGGAUUGUGCUAAUGGUGCUCGGUUUUAUGGAGGUUUAGAGGGAGCUAUUUUCUUAUUGGAUUUGGAAGAU